GCGGCGGCGGCGGCAGCCGGGGCCCGGCCCCAUGUCGCGGGGGGACGCUGGCCGCGGCAGCGGGCUCAUCGCGCUGACCUUCUGCCUGCUGACCGCGCGCGGGGAGCAGCCGUUGCCCCAGGAGAUGACCGUGUCGCUGAGCUGUGGAGCAGGGCCGCUGCAAGUAAUCCUGGGUCCAGAGCAAGCCCUGGUGCUGGACUGCAGUCUGGGGGUGGCUGCCACCGGACCCCCAACCAGCAUCACGUGGAGCAAGGAUGGAGGCGCCCUCCCUGAGCAUGAGCACCUUCGCCUGCUACCCAAUGGCUCCCUAUGGCUGUCCCAGCUGCCAACAGUAGAUGGCGCUGACGAGGCAGACCCUGGGGCUCCAGAGGUCAUUGAGGGCAGCUAUUCCUGCCUGGCCCAUGGGCCCCUCGGGGUGAUGGCCAGCCAGGCUGCAGUGGUCAAGCUCGCCACCCUUGCAGGCUUCUCCCUGCACCCAGAAUCUCAGACUGUGGAGGAGAAUGGGACCGCUCGCUUUCAGUGCCAAAUCGAAGGACUGCCAACACCCAUCAUUACCUGGGAGAAGGACCGGGUGACGGUGCCUGAGGAGCCUCGGCUCAUCGCCCUUCCCAACGGGGUCCUCCAGAUCCUGGAUGUACAGGAAGGUGAUGCAGGCUCCUACCGCUGUGUGGCCACCAACUCUGCACACCAGCGCUUCAGCCAGGAGGCCCUACUCCGCGUGGCCCACAGAGGGUCCCUGGCAUCUGCUGGAGGGCAGGACGUGGUCAUCGUGGCAGCCCCGGAGAACACCACCGUGGUGUCUGGCCAGAGUGUGGUGAUGGAGUGUGUGGCCUCGGCUGACCCUACCCCUUUUGUGUCCUGGGUUCGACAGGACGGGGAGCCCAUCUCCACCGAUGUCAUAGUCCUGGGCCGCACCAACCUACUCAUCACCAGCGCGCAGCCCCGCCACUCUGGCGUCUACGUCUGCAGAGCUAACAAGCCCCGCACGCGGGACUUCGCCACCGCAGCCGCCGAGCUCCGCGUGCUGGCCGCUCCAGUCAUCUCGCAGGCGCCGGAGGCGCUGUCGCGGACGCGGGCCAGCACCGCGCGCUUCGUGUGCCGCGCGUCCGGCGAGCCGCGGCCGUGGCUGCGCUGGCUGCACGACGGGGCGCCGCUGAGACCCAACGGGCGCGUCAAGGUGCAGGGCGGCGGCGGCAGCCUGGUCAUCACGCAGAUCCGCCUGCAGGACGCCGGCUACUACCAGUGCGUGGCCGAGAACGGCGCGGGAACGGCGUGCGCCGCUGCGCCGCUGGCGGUCGUGGUGCGCGAGGGGCUCCCCAGCGCCCCCACGCGGGUCACCGCCACGCCGCUGAGCAGCUCCGCCGUGCUGGUGGCCUGGGAGCGGCCCGAGCUCCACAGCGAGCAGAUCAUCGGCUUCUCCCUGCACUACCAGAAGGCGCGGGGCGUGGACAAUGUGGAAUACCAGUUUGCAGUGAACAAUGACACCACUGAGCUACAGGUUCGCGACCUGGAACCCAACACAGACUACGAGUUCUACGUGGUGGCCUACUCGCAGCUGGGGGCCAGCCGCACCUCCUCCCCAGCACUGGUCCACACACUGGAUGAUGUCCCCAGUGCAGCACCCCAGCUCUCCCUGUCCAGCCCCAACCCCUCGGACAUCAGGGUGGCGUGGCUGCCCCUGCCUCCCAGCCUGAGCAAUGGGCAGGUGGUGAAGUACAAGAUAGAGUACGGUUUGGGAAAGGAAGCAGAUCAGAUUUUCUCCACCGAGGUGCCGGGGAAUGAGACGCAGUUUACGCUGAACUCGCUUCAGCCCAACAAGGUGUAUCGAGUGCGGAUUUCAGCUGGCACAGGGGCUGGCUACGGGGCGCCCUCCCAGUGGAUGCAGCACAGGACGCCCAGUGUGCACAACCAGAGCCAUGUCCCUUUUGCGCCCGCAGAGCUGAAGGUACGGGCAAGGAUGGAGUCCCUGGUCGUGUCCUGGCAGCCACCCCCGCACCCCGCCCAGAUCUCUGGCUACAAGCUGUACUGGCGAGAGGUGGGAGCGGAGGAGGAGGAGACGGACGGGGAGAGCCCUCCAGGGGGCCGUGGAGACCAGGCUUGGGAUGUGGGGCCCGUCCGGCUCAAGAGGAAAGUGAAGCAGUAUGAACUGACCCAGCUAGUCCCUGGCCGGCUGUACGAGGUGAAGCUCGUGGCGUUCAACAAACAUGAGGAUGGCUAUGCGGCAGUGUGGAAGGGCAAGACGGAGAAGGCCCCCACCCCAGACCUGCCCAUCCAGAGGGGACCACCCUUGCCCCCUGCCCAUGUCCAUGCGGAAUCAAACAGCUCUACCUCCAUUUGGCUUCGGUGGAAAAAGCCAGACUUCACCACAGUCAAGAUUGUCAACUACACUGUGCGCUUCAGCCCGUGGGGGCUCAGGAAUGCCUCCCUGGUCACCUAUUACACCAGCUCUGGAGAAGACAUCCUCAUUGGCGGGCUGAAGCCGUUCACCAAAUACGAGUUUGCGGUACAGUCUCAUGGCGUGGACAUGGACGGGCCUUUCGGCUCCGUGGUAGAGCGCUCCACCCUGCCUGACCGGCCCUCGACACCCCCAUCCGACCUGCGCCUGAGCCCCCUGACACCAUCCACUGUCCGGCUGCAUUGGUGCCCCCCCACAGAGCCCAACGGGGAGAUCGUGGAGUAUCUGAUUCUCUACAGCAACAACCACACCCAGCCCGAGCACCAGUGGACCCUGCUCACCACAGAGGGAAACAUCUUCAGUGCUGAGGUCCACGGCCUCGAGAGCGACACUAGGUACUUCUUCAAGAUGGGGGCACGCACAGAGGUGGGGCCUGGGCCCUUCUCUGGCCUGCAGGAUGUGAUUACUCUCCAGGAGAAGCUCUCAGACUCUUUGGAUGUGCACUCAGUCACGGGCAUCAUCGUGGGCGUCUGCCUGGGCCUCCUCUGCCUCCUGGCCUGCAUGUGUGCUGGCCUGCGCCGCAGCCCCCACAGAGAAGCCCUCCCAGGGCUGUCCUCCUCGGCCACUGCUGGGAACCCCACACUGUACUCCCGAGCCCGCCUGGCCCCCCCCAGCCCCCCAGCUGUCCAUGAACUGGAGUCCCUUGUGCACCCUCGUCCCCAGGACUGGUCCUCACCGCCCUCCGACAUCGAGGACAGGGCUGAAGUGCACAGCCUUAUGGGUGGUGGCGCUUCUGCCGCCCGGGGUCACUCCAAGAGAAAGAUCUCCUGGGCUCAGCCCGGUGGGCCCAACUGGGCAGGUUCCUGGGCAGGCUGUGAGCUGCCCCAGGCAGGCCCCAUGCCCUCUCUGACUCGGGCCCUGCUGCCCCCUGCUGGAACUGGGCAGACACUGCUGCUGCAGGCUCUGGUGUACGAGGCCAUAAAGGGCAACGGGAGGAAGAAGCCUCCCCCAGCCUGCAGGAACCAGGUGGAGGCUGAAGUCAUCGUCCACUCUGACUUUAGUGCAUCCAAUGGGACCCCUGACCUCCACCUCCAAGACCUGGAGCCUGAAGAUUCCUUGCCUUCAGAGGCUCCUGACCUCACUUCAAGUGUUGUGGAUCUCGGUCAAGGGGAAGACUGGCUGGACCGGGAGCCAGGAGGGUGUGAGCAAGCAGCCCCUGGGCCAGACAGACUCACCUGCCUGCCAGAGGCAGCCAGCGAUACUUGCCCCUACUCGGACCUCCAGUCCAGUGAGGCUCUGGAGGAGGCCCCUGGGAACAACUGCCAGCCAAAGGCCCCCUGCCCUCCAGGAGCCAGCCCAAGCCUGCCCAAAGCCCCAGUCCCGUCCUCCUCUACUUAGCUCCCCUAGAGGGCACCGUUUGGGACAGGCUGGUUUGGAUCAUGCGAUAUGACGCGUGUGGCUACACGUGUACUCGUCUCUGCCUGCAAGUCAUCAAGCCACUUGGAGCCUCCUGGGGUGCUUUGGCUCGGGGAGAGGAAGGAUUGGAUUAUUCACUCCCCCCAUACUCUGUGACACAUGUGACGCACAGUUACAUGUGAUGUGCACAUGUGUGAAGCACAUGUGUGUGUGCUGGUUGGUGAGCUGGGAAGCUCUGGGCCAGGCAGUGCUCACUGUGGCCUAAUUGAUCCUCCAGGUCAGGACACUGCCCCAGAGUGGUCUGUCCCCAGCCCUGCGGGCCCCUACUCUGUCACCCAGCCUUUUAUUACACACUCUGAGAGUGUCUCCAAUGCCUUGUCUGACAAAGACAGCCCCGGCCCACUUUCCGGUUGGGCUGGGCUGAGUGCAAGUAGGCUCUGAAUGCCUGACACUUUAGUUGCAUCACCUCCCAUCUGCCAUGUGCCCCGAGCCCAAAUUGAGAGGGUGUCUCCAGCUCCCCUCGGAGCGAGUCUGCACCUAAUUUUGUAAUUGGGGAAGUGCCUGCUUUUGAAAAUCUGCUUUCUCUUGCUCUUCCUUCUCUCCUCCCCCUCACUCCUCUAAGGUCUUGUUUCUCUGUGCCCCUGUUCUCCGGGGCUCUGUCCUCUCCUCUCUGGGGCUUCUGUCUGUCCCUGCUGUCUCUCUCUCGCCUCUCCCACACUGUGUCAUGUGGCUCUCCUGCCUGGGUUCAGUCUCAGCACCCUUCCCUCACAACACGACUACCUCAUGUCUGUUUGGGGCCGUGAUGGGACUCCUGUGUCCGCCGUCCACUUCAGCCAUCAUCCUCCUGCCCCUGCUUCUCUGUGCCUCUGUAGACCCCAUCCCUAGGCAGACUGCACACCCCCAGUGCGGGUUGGGAGAGGACUUUUCAGCUUCCCUUGCAUCUUUCUCCCUGGGAUUGAGACUGGAGGGUUCUCCUUAGAGAGGAUAAAUGCAAGUCAUCCUUGGGUGUUUUGAGACAGGGAAGGGGGAACAUGACCCAGAGGCUUGGGAUACAAUUAUUCCCUCCCUUCCAUGUGGUAAGUCUGGUUUGCUGGACAGAGGCAUUUGAGGCACCUUCCUUCCCAGCUGGAGCUUGAAAGGGAGAACGGGGUGGGAAUUAGGGACUGGGCAGCCCCUUCGCUUCCCACUCUGUGCACCUUGUCCAGGAACUGACAGGGUGGGGCUGGGAGGAAUCUCAUUCUCUAGGGUGCUGGAAGUAGGGUCUUCGCACAGGACAAGGGUGAUGGGCUCAUUUCAUUUUGCUCUUUCUUUAAAUUCAGUCCUGAAGUCAUUUUCUGUUGACCCCCCACACAGGGACAAGCCUGACUUGUUUCAUUUGUUUGAUUUUGCACCUCAGCCUCUCAGAGGACCAUUUAGGACUUGGUCUCUUCUCCCUGAAUUCACCUUUUUUUCCACAGAGCAGCAAGCACAUCAAGGGUUAACUCUGGCUUCUGAGCCGAAUUAGAAAUAACCAGUCUAUCUUUCUUUUUUUUUUUAAUGGUGAAAUGUCUCUCCGUGGAGUUGCAGCUUCCUCAGACCCUUUCAGCAUCUGUGUUUAUUACACUCGGGUGUCACUCAGGUUUGACACCCGCACCUACAUUUCCUCCUCCUCCCCCUUCAGGCAGCCUAUGAUAACACUAAAGAUUAUUAAUGUUGGUUUUGUAUCUCGUUAAGGACAGAACUGUCAUUUGUACUAUUUCUGUAGCAUUCAGCAUUGCUGUGGCUAACACUACUGUAUAUGUUUCAUCAGUGCUCUGAAGGUCAAAAGCCUCAUUUUAUUUGGCUGCUUUGAUUUUUUUUCUUUUUUUUCCUAAAGGGGGAAAAAAAAAAAAAAUGUCCUGAAUUAAAUAGCUGUUUUAACAGUAGGCUCUUAGCAUUACACCACAUAGUCAUUUUUCAUGUUCUUGUUUAACAGGCACUGAGGUUCUGGUUUAAAUUAAAUAGCUGCAAAUGAGACAAUUUAUAACCCAUUAGGUUGGGUGGAAAAUUGUUUCUCAAAAGCAAAUAAGUAAUAAAUCUGGUAUCUGCCUAUAACUCACAGUUGAUAAGAACAUGGCCAUUACUCACUAGCAUUAUAUAUGAUUUGGGCUCUGGGUAAUUUGGAAGUGUUAGGUUUGUGUCUUUGUAGCAGUAUUUUUAUUAGAAAAGAGUCCAUUGGCCUUUUACAGGGUAUUAAUCCUUUUGUCACCUACCAUGGAUGCCUUAUGGUUUUUGAGUCUCAUUUAAAAACCUUUUCUUGAUGCAUGACAAGUAUAAUCGGUACCUGCUCAUUUAUUUGUCUGUAGUUUUGCUGUAUUAUUUAAUUAUUUUUCCAGCAUUUUUUCUCCUUACAAUUAUGAUAUUCUUUAGUGUUAAGCCAGUGCAUUGAUCAUAUAUCUGUCCCUGUAAUGAAUUAAUAAACUA